CUCAAUCGACUGAACAGAGAGCUUCGAAAUCAAUCAAUCAAUCAAUCAUCUAUCGAUCUGUAGUCCUAACGUUUUCAUUUUCAUCAAAAUGGCGUUCCCAGACUCCUCUAGUCGUCGGACUCUCGUUCCGAGCUUCCUCUACUCCUCCGCAACGUCAUGGAAGAAACCUGUCGAUCUCAUGACUCCGAAUUCGAAUGCUAUACUUCGUUCUUCGGCCUCGCCUCCGUCGUCGAAUAAGAGUUUCGUGAUCGCUUCUCCUAGCGAGCCCGCCGGUAAGAUUAAGCUGUACUCGCCGACUUAUUACGCGGCCUGUACAGCCGGUGGUAUUUUUAGCUGUGGCCUCACUCACAUGACCGUCACGCCUCUCGAUCUCGUCAAGUGCAACAUGCAGAUUAAUCCUGCAAAAUACAAGAACAUUUCUUCUGGAUUUGGAGUUCUACUUAAGGAGCAAGGAAUGAAAGGCUUCUUCAGGGGUUGGGUACCAACUUUGCUUGGUUACAGUGGGCAGGGCGCUUGCAAAUUUGGAUUCUAUGAGUUCUUUAAGAAGUAUUAUUCUGACAUUGCCGGUCCAGAGUAUGCAGCAAAAUAUAAGACUUUAAUUUACCUUGCUGGCUCUGCAUCUGCUGAAGUAAUUGCUGAUGUUGCCCUCUGCCCUUUUGAGGCAGUGAAGGUUCGUGUCCAAACUCAGCCUGGGUUUGCCAGAGGUUUGUCAGACGGCCUUCCGAAAUUUGUCAAGUCUGAAGGUGUUCUUGGGCUCUACAAGGGCAUUGUUCCUCUUUGGGGACGGCAGAUUCCAUAUACAAUGAUGAAGUUUGCAUCCUUUGAGACUAUUGUGGAGAUGCUAUACAAGUAUGCCAUCCCAACACCAAAGGAUCAGUGCAGCAAAACUCUGCAGCUUGGAGUGAGCUUUGCUGGUGGAUAUGUAGCUGGUGUAUUAUGUGCCAUUGUAUCACAUCCUGCUGAUAACUUGGUCUCUUUUCUGAACAAUGCCAAGGGGGCAACAGUUGGUGAUGCUGUGAAGCAGCUAGGCCUGUGGGGUCUCUUCACACGUGGCCUUCCGCUCCGUAUAGUCAUGAUUGGAACCCUUACUGGAGCACAGUGGGGUAUUUAUGAUGCUUUCAAAGUCUUCGUUGGACUGCCAACCACUGGUGGCGGCGCUCCUCAGCCUUCCGCCGUGCCUGCAAAGGUGAAAGUUAACUGA